AUGGUUACCACAUCUCUUCUCCUUCAGCUGGCAUUAUUGCCUUGCUUGGCUAUUAGUUCUUCUCUUGCGCCCAGAGCAAAGUCCUUUGACUAUGAUUCCCUUACCCUGAGAGAAGUUGGCGCUCGCAACACCCUUGACUGGCGUGUGUGGCUCGAGAAAGACGGCCAGCCUAUCUCCUUCUGGCACGACAUUCCUUUGUAUCCUGAAAAGGGCAACAACCGCAUCGUGAGCUACGUUGUCGAGAUUCCUCGGUGGACUGACGGCAAGAUUGAGACCCGUCGCGAUGAGCCUUUGAAUCCCAUCUUCCACGACGACAAAAAGACACAACCCCGUUUCGUGGAAAGUGUAUGGCCUCACAAGUCCUACCCCUUCCACUACGGUUCUAUUCCCCAGACGUGGGAGAGUCCCAACUUUGACCACGACUUUACUGGAUACCCUGGUGACAACGAUCCCAUUGAUCUGUUUGACAUAAGCGAGGUUCCUGCCCACGUUGGCCAAGUCAAGUCUGUCAAGGUUCUUGGUGGACUCGCUCUCAACGAUGGCGGUGAGACUGACUGGAAAGUCAUUGCCGUCGAUACCAAGGACCCCCUUGCUAAGCUCGUCGAGUCCGUCGAGGAUCUCGAAAAGUACCGCCCCGGUCUCGCAAAGACUUUCUACAACUGGUUCACCUACUACAAGGUCCCUCGUGGCGACGAUGUCCUCGAGAUUGUCGGAGGAGACUACCAGAAUGCCAAGUUCAUGGCCAAGACCAUCAAGAGCAGCCAUAGCGAUUGGCAAGAUCUUGUGCGCGGAAAGGUUGACUCCAAUGAGAUCAACUACAACCAGACCAGCUCCAAGAAUUACAAGAGCUACAUCAAAAGCAAGGAUGCCACCAAAAAGUUCGGUCUUCCUGCCGAAUCCAAGAUUCUUCCUGCUGCAGAGAGGCCGCCUAAGUAUGAUCUGUGGUAUUACUUGGAUGAGGAUUACAAGUUGAUUGAGCUUGGCAAGAAAUGA